GCAUCUGCUACCCCUCAGUAGGUCGGGCAGAGUGGAGAGUGGAGUCACUGAGGUGCUCGCUGGGGUCGAGUGCUCCAGGCAGAGUAGAGUACAAACCCCCAAGAAGAAGCUUUAGAUUCUCUGAACAUGCCCCAGAAGGAUCCUUGCCAGAAACAAGCCUGUGAAAUACAGAAAUGCUUGCAAGCGAACAACUACCUGGAGUACAAGUGUGAAACUGUGCUUCAGGAGAUGCGGAAGUGCUGCGCCCGGUACCCCAAGGGCAGAUCCGUCUGCUGUUCGGGGUUUGAGAAAGAAGAAAGGGAGAGAGAAAAGUCUAAGGUGACCUCAGAAGGAAUCCCUGCACCACCUCAGUAACACAAUGCAGCUCCAGCAGGGGCCGGAGCACGGACUCACCUGCACGGCUCGUGUGUGUUUUGUUAAGCCUUCUUUAGACUUCCAGCAGAGCCAGAGUGCUCCGUGAACACACCGUCUGGCACACCAAAAAGUAACGCGGUACCAACAGGUGCCCUGCUUAACAGACUCGGCUUUCUGUACCAAAACAUCAUCUGCAUUGUCUCUGCAUUGCACCUGUGUCUGUGAGAAGUCAACUUGAUGUUUUUAGAAUGCUUACCUUACUCUUAAUCCAUCCUUGCUCUCAAAGCAGAGAACUGGAACCAAGUUACUCUGGUUUCUGGAGUGAAAGGUACAGGGAACGAGCUCAGAAGAGUGAGUGAGUGAGUGAGUUUAAGCAUGACCCAUGAAACAAAGCCCAUCUUGACACAGCAAAGGUAUUGCUGCCAUCCAUGCAGUAGGCCCAGACAUCUGCCUGUCCAGUGGUUCAAGCUCAAGCAUGGGAAUCAGGUCUAGUGAUUGUUCCUAGGUCUUGCCUAGGUCCUGAGUGGCUGCCCGUCACUGUGCCUAAGUGCCUCACUUUCCCUCUGGACAGGCUUUUGGGUUUUGAAUUGCCUACACGCUGCUAUUUGCAUGACAAAGAUGUUAACAGAAACAUUAUUUCAGGGAUUGCUACAGGAAUAGGGACUGACUUCAUGUUGUUUUAUUUUUUUUUUUUAAGAAGAAGCAAUAUUCAUUUGAAAGAUUUGACUGUUGAUGAUAAAAUUUAUAAAUGUACCUGCAAUUGAACACCUCUGAAGCAAUAUAGUUACACACCCAGCGUGGUUCAACCCCACUGGUACCCAGAGGCCUGGCCAAAAAGCCCUGGGCUAGAUCCAAGAGCUGAUUUAGGUGCUGCUUACAGAACAAGCAGUUGCAGACACUUGCUUUCAACACAGACUCACUCACAACCCAUCUGUGUCUGGACCCCAGGGAGAGAUGGCUUUGCAGAAGGUCUCGCCUUCGCAGCAGAAUUUCCAGUGACCUGUAAGAAGAGCUUGGUAGACAGGUUCCUGCAUCACCCUUUAGAGCUGCCUAAGUCUCUCUGUCCCCUGUAGCAGGAGUCCAGGCACCUCAGUGGGUGCCAAGUCCAUGCCAGGGCCUAGGCACCUACCUACCGGACUUUGAACCCACGAGGCCCCUAACUCUGGUGUUAGAUCUAGCCGUAAAGGACUUCUGUGCUGUGAUCAAGUACAACUCACUUAUGAAAUACAGACCACUGUAGUCUAGGUACAAUAGUUGAGCAUAUUACAACCUAGAGGAGCAAAGCCUCUGUAUUCAUUGCUCUGAAAUGCCAUGAUACAAAAAUAAAUGACUGGAACAAACUGCAGGCUGGCUCGGGUUGUUUAUUGAGAACACAGCAUAGCUGCAAGGCAGGCAGCUUGGCUGCUAGUCACAGUCCAGAGACACAUCUGAUACCAGCUUGAAAUAGAAGCUGCUUGAGAUUUUUAUAACCAGGCCCAGAAUAAUUCAGGACUAGCUUUCCCCUUCUCUCCACAAAAACCUCUUCACAGAAUCAACCAGCUUGGAAAAGACCUCAGACAUCAUCAAGUCCAACCUAUCACCUAAUACCUCACAGCUAAACCAUGGCUUUAAGUGCCACAUCCAAUCUUUUGAACACCUCCAGGGAUGGUGACUCCACCACCUCCCUGGGCAGCACAUUCCAAUGGCCAACAACUCUCUCUGGGAAGAACUUUCUCCUCACCUCCAGCCUAAACUUCCCCUGGCACAGCUUGAGACUGUGUCCUCUUGUU